AUGGCGCGUACCCAGCGGGUCGGACAACCCAAAUCCGAAGUCAGCCCCACCAUAGGCACUUCAUCCUCAGGCUACAUUGUUUCUGUUCCUGGCUUGUCUCAGCCGAAUGUAUCUGCCACGCUCGAUGCCCUCACCUUCGACAUGAAAGGUCUGAUCAGGAAGAUCCAAGACCUGCGAAACUUGGGUAUCGAAGAUAGCAACAUUGCUUUACCUAAGAUCUGCGUCGUCGGAGAUCAGAGUACUGGAAAGAGCUCGUUGAUUGAAGCCAUCUCGGAAAUCAAGGUGCCUCGAAGUGAAGGCACAUGCACCCGAUGCCCGCUUGAGAUCAACCUUGCACAGAGUGAUGUUGAACAGCCUUGGAGCUGCAUAGUUUCUCUCUCACGGCCCUACCACUGGGAACCCAAGGAUGUCCGUCGACAGAGCUACAAGAAAACCGAAGUCAUUGGUCGUUGGGUAUGCUGGGGGUCUGGGUCUCCAGAUAAUGAGCAUUUCUGCGUUUUGACAGACAGAUCCGAAAUCGCCGAGGCUAUCAAAUGGGCGCAGCUGGCAAUCCUCAACCCUGACAAGGAUUCGCAGACAUUUGUUCCCGGGAAGAACGCCGUCGCCAUGCAUGAUCGCUCACAUGGCCUCGUAAAGAACACUGAGGAGUUUUCUCCAAACAUUGUCCGACUGAAUAUUUCCGGUCCGAAUCUGCCAACCCUUUCAUUCUAUGAUCUGCCCGGCGUUAUUCGCCAGGCGAAGAAUGCGCAGGAGAACUAUCUCGUGCGAUUGAUUGAAGACCUUGUGAAGAAACAUGCUGCCGACCAAGACUGCAUUGUUCUAUUGACGCGUUCGAUGACCGGUGAUGCCGAAGUCUCAAGUGCAGGUGGCAUUAUCCAAAAGAUCAAGGGCACUGAAGCGCGUACCAUCGGGGUUCUAACCAAGCCUGACCGUCUGGCAUUCUUCGAUCGUGGGUCUGGUAGCAUCCCUGAGAAUGUAGCCAUUCGCGAAUUCUCUUCUUUCCAUCAGUGGAUUGAAAUCCUGGAAGGGAAGAGCUUCGCACUAGGGCACGGAUAUUACGUUGUGAAGAACAGCCCCGACCCCGACGUGAGCCACGCCCAGGCCCGCCAGGAGGAAGAGCUAUUCUUUUCCAAUAAAAUCUGGAGUAUCGCUCCUAUGAAUGAUUUUUGGAGUCGCCUCGGUGUGAAAAACCUGCAAGAUGCGCUCUCAAAUGUCUUGAUGGACCAGAUCCAAAAGUCCCUGCCAUCUAUCAUCAAAAAGGUUAACGAAAAGGCCAAGUGUAUCGACGACAAGUUGAAGGACCUUCCGGAAACCCCACGUGAGGAUGCGCAGCGAAUGGUAACCGAAAUGCUCACAAUCCUGUACCAGAAGCUGGGGUGCCUGCUGAGUGACAGUGAUGCUCCAUUUUCCGAGCAGGAAUUUGCCCAUCUCACGCGAGAUUUCAAGACUGCCUUGUCUGUGAGCAUGCCCGCGAUGACAAUCCAGCCAAAGCCCGAUGAUUUUGAGAUUGUCAAGCGUGAACCAGAGGUGCAAGUUCCCAUCACGCCGUCCAAGCGUCGAGCUCUCGAACAGGAUGAAUCACCUCCGCCGAGAAGUACGGCAAACCCAGGCUCAAAGUCUUUGCCAGAGUACACUUUUUCGGAGUUCGAAGUCUGGAAUCAUGCGGCUGUUCGCUUUUCGCUUUCGCGACUGCGAGACCUCCGAGGAAAGUUCCAGCGUGCCGGGGCUCCUAACCAAACCGACCCCCGUGCCGUGGAUGCUCUCAACAAGAUGAGCGUCCGACACUGGGAUAAGCCUCUCGCAACAUUUGUCUGUGAGGUCCACAAAAUGGCAAAACGCGUGCUUCUGCAGACGUUGGAAGCUGUUAUGGGCCCAUACCGCCAAACAGAGCUUUUCCGAGAGCUCAGUCGCAUCAUCGAUGUGUUUCUGACUCGGCUUAAGAAGGAAUACUCCGCGGAUUGUAUGGAUAGAUACAAUGCUGAGAUCGGGAAGCCAUUUACUUUGGCUGAGGAUCUACACAAGCGCAAUAUGGAAGAGUCGCUGAGGGUCCUGAUCGAUCGUCGCAAUGAUUUGCGCCUUAGACAACAUUACAAACAGAAUGGCGAUAAUAUCCCGAGUGACGAAAAGAAGUUGAAGAAGGAGAAGCUCGAGCUUGGCCCGGAUGAAUAUUCGCCUGAAAUCGAGAUGAUGGCUGUGACCUAUUAUUCUAUCGCUAGCCUUCGCUUCGCGGAUGUCGUGUGCCAGAACGCUUUCAUGAAGGUGUUUUUGAAGUGCCAAGAGGAACUUGUGAACAUUUUGCGAUGCGAAAUCGACGCCAACUCGCGUGAUCGCUGCGUACUGCUCCUAUCUGAAGAUCCCGAGAGGGAGAAACUUCGACUCCAGUUGGAGAAAGACCAACGCAAGUUCGCCCAGCCCAGCAAUCGCUUCGAGAGUACGAGCGAUCGGAGGAAACUUCUGAGGAUGUGA